AUGAGCCCCGAUGAAGAUGGACCACAUGAAGAAACUGGGCGUAUUGUCUACGAUCAACGCCAAAGCGGAAAAUAUAAUAUCCAUGUAGUGAUAAAAGAUGUGGCCAUUAUUGAAAUGGGUCAAAAUGAGUUUCAAGAUACAAGUUAUAACGAUGAAGAUUAUUAUUAUGAUGAAAAUGAUUUGACUGUUAAACCAAUAACUCUUAAUCCUCCAACAACAACUUCAACAAUAAAACCGACGGUGGCAGCCUCUACUAACAAUGGGAUAAUUGUUACUGCGCCAAAUAUUGAUGGAGAAAUACGAAACUCUAGUCCGAUAACCAUGGAAGCACACACUUAUACUACACUUAAUCAACAGCAAGAAUCUGAGACCACUUUAAGUUCCAAUAUUUUAUGGAAUACUUUAACAUCAAUGAUUUCUAGAAAACCAACAGUGGACGAUUUAGUAACCACAUUAAAGUCGCCUGGAUAUUCAACAGGUGAAACAACUGUACUGCCUUCCAUUGAUGUGAAGCCUCGUAGUAAAAUAGAGCCAAUAUUUGCCAAUGAAGAGUUUGCAAAAUUCAGGGAUGAUGCUAUGCCCCUAAGAAAUUCAAAAAUAUAUAAAUUAAAAAUUCGCAGAUCCCAUCAGCCAUUAUCGCCAUCAUCGAAGAAACUACAGGCAAGACGUUGUCGUUCUCAUCAAUCGAGAAAUGCCAACGGCAAUUGUAGCAAUAAACGAUCGACAUCCGGAUCCCUUUUGUAA